GCAGUAGAAAGCCCAACCCGGCCCCGCCCCACUCGGCAGCAGGGCCCAGCGCAGCUUCCGGGCGGGCAGCGGCACCAUGAAGCUGCGGCGGCAGAAGCAUGCCAAGAAGAACAUGGGCUUCUACAAGCACAACUUCCACUUCAGCGAGCCCUUCCAGAUCUUGCUGGAUGGCACCUUCUGCCAGGCCGCGCUCCGCAACAAGAUCCAGAUCCGGGAGCAGUUGCCCGGCUACCUCGGCGGCUCCACGCAGCUCUGCACCACCCGGUGUGUUAUUAAAGAACUGGAAUCAUUGGGGAAAGCACUGUAUGGAGCAAAAUUAAUUGCCCAAAGAUCUGAAGUUCGAAACUGUUCUCACCACAAGGAUCCUGUGAGUGGUUCAGCCUGUUUACUUUCCAUGAUUGAAGAUGGCAAUCCUCAUCACUUCUUUAUUGCUACACAGGACCAGGAAUUAGCAAACAGAGUGAAAAAGAAGGCCGGCGUUCCUCUCCUCUUUAUUAUUCAGAACACUAUGGUGCUAGAUAAACCUUCUCCUAAAUCUUUGGCAUUUGUUCAAAAGUUGCAGACAGAUCAGCUUGUUCCAGAGUACCAGAAACAAAGUAUUGUGCAGCUCAAAGAAAAAGAAGGACUAGCUAAACAAGAAGGUGCAAAGAGAAGAAAACGGAAAAGGGCAGGUGGCCCCAAUCCUCUCAGCUGUCUGAAGAAGAAAAAGAAAACACAGGAGGGUCAGGAGCCUUCUGCUGAGAAAAAGAAAAGAAGGAAAAGAAAACGAAAUAGGGUUAAAGCAGAAGGCGUGCAGUCAGUGCAGAAGAAUGGAGAAGAAUAAAACCCAUCAUUAUAAACAAUGAAGGAUUUGAACAUUAUUUGAACUUUGCAAAAAGAAAGAUUGCUAUGCAAUGAAGUUGAUAGUAUCAAUUAUCUUACUAUGAGGCAUUACUGCUUAUUAACUGCAUCUCAAUGUUUGCAGGUUAUUUUCCUAGUAAUUUAUUCUGUUGUUUAGUAAUUGGGAUUGUGACAAAAUAUUUAGGAACCCUCGUGUUUCAUUAUUCUCUCCAGCAUCUUGAUUCCUUCCAGAGAGUUCACAUUAUCAGCAGCAAUCUUUUCUAAAUACUUCUUGGGGUUCAUAUGGGUUUGGGUGGGAUACUAGACCUCUUUCUUCUGCUGUUCUUCCUAAAACUAGUCUUGACAGUUGUACUAUUAAAGAAUAUGGAACUAACUUAAAAGCGCAUAGUGUCUUAUUUACCUGUAUUGUUUGAAUACAAAAGUUAACUCUUGUGAAGUGUCCUCAGCAAGUGCCUUCCAGCCUAAAUGACUCUAAACUCUGUGUAAAACUCACAUGUCUGUGUUCAUGAUGUGUAUUUAAGAAAAUCUUGGAGGGUGUGUGAUUGUGUUGAUACUCCUGACAUCAUAAUGGCAUCUUAGUGUGUCUAGUUUAUCUUUAGUUUAUUCUUCAUUUAUUAAAUAGGAUGAAAGCAACUUGAAAGUGCUGACUGAAUUCCCUGGCUAACAUCAUCAUUAGAGGGUAGCACAGCUGUGGAGUAGUCCUGAAAUACAAUCAGCUCUUACCAGACUUCAAACUUUUCUCAGUACAUUUCUGCUUAACUGAGACGUAAUUCUUCAAAGGAAAGAUUUCUGUUUCUUCACCUACAUGACUUAAAGCCAUGUUUUUUAAACAGUCUUUCACCCUACAUAUUUUAUGUUUGCAGAGUAGUUCUUACAUAUGCAUUAUGUGCACAGGUUCUCAAAUAUCUGGAGUAGAUACAUGACUAUCAUGUAUACUCCUUUCUGUUGGCUUUUCAAAUUACAAGGACAGCUGUUUCAUGGAAACCAGCUGAGUGGUGGGAGCUUGCCAGUCUUAGUGGAAACUGCAGGGUCUUUCCCUAGAAUAUGCAAAGAUUUCCCUCCAGCCACUGCAGGAGAGAUGUAUCAGGGUGCUCUGUGCUGGCAGCACUGCAUACUGCUGCAGCAGCCCCAGCUUGAAGUCAUUC